UGUUGUUGUUGUUUUGUCGAAGAACGGCAGCGAGACAGAAAUCCGCAAGAUUAAACCUGAUUUUGACUCAGAAAUAAGGGCAGAAAUGGGGAAGAAGCACAAGAAACACAGACCCGAGUGGAGAAAGGUCGAAGGAGACUACGAGGACAAACCCCUGGAUAAACCCCUGAAGCUGGUGCUCAAGGUGGGCGGCAGUGAAGUGACCGAGCUCUCCGGAUCCGGACACGACUCCAGUUACUAUGACGACCGCUCUGACCACGAGUGGGAGAGGCACAAAGAGAAGAAAAAGAAGAAGAAGAAGAAAUCGGAGAAAGAGAAAUAUGUAGAUGAUGAGGAUAGGAGGAGGAGGAAGGAGGAGAAAAAGAAAAAGCGUGAGGGAGAGCACCCUGAAAACGAAUGCACCCCUCGCCAGCAGCUCUUGGAGCAUUUCUUGCGUUUGCUACAGAGGAAAGAUGCACACGGAUUCUUUGCCUUCCCGGUGACAGACGCCAUUGCUCCAGGAUACUCCAUGAUAAUCAAACAUCCCAUGGACUUUAGCACAAUGAAGGACAAAAUCGAUGCAAACGAAUACAAAACUAUCACAGAAUUCAAGGCAGACUUCAAGCUGAUGUGUGACAACGCCAUGGUUUAUAACCGACCGGAGACGGUUUACUACAAGGCCGCUAAGAAACUUCUCCACACAGGAUUCAAAAUGAUGAGCAAAAGACGAGUAUUUGCACCAUCCAAUCACUUUCUUAAUUUCAAUCCAUCCCGUGUUGGAUGUCCCGUGUCUCCCAUCCUCAUGGCCUGCCUAAGACCUCCGCAGGAGGAUGAUUUUCAUGUCUGUCCUUUUGUUUCUUUCCUAGAAAACGAAUGCACCCCUCGCCAGCAGCUCUUGGAGCAUUUCUUGCGUUUGCUACAGAGGAAAGAUGCACACGGAUUCUUUGCCUUCCCGGUGACAGACGCCAUUGCUCCAGGAUACUCCAUGAUAAUCAAACAUCCCAUGGACUUUAGCACAAUGAAGGACAAAAUCGAUGCAAACGAAUACAAAACUAUCACAGAAUUCAAGGCAGACUUCAAGCUGAUGUGUGACAACGCCAUGGUUUAUAACCGACCGGAGACGGUUUACUACAAGGCCGCUAAGAAACUUCUCCACACAGGAUUCAAAAUGAUGAGCAAAGAGCGGCUGUUAGCUUUGAAGCGCAGCAUGACGUUUAUGCAGGACAUGGAUUUCUCUCAGCAGGCUGCCAUUUUGGGAGAUGACCACAUCACACCUGAGGAACCGGUGACGGAGAUCCUGCCGAUCCACACGGAGUACCCCAAAAAGUCCAAGAAGCAGCCUGUAAAAGAGCCUAUCAUCAGUGAUCUGUAUGAGCUGGAGGGCAACGCCUGCAGUUCGACGGACAGCACGGCGGAGGAGCAUGUGUUGGCGCUGGUGGAGCACGCUGCGGAUGAAGCGCGGGAUCGAAUCAAUAGUUUCAUGCCGAACUCUAAGAUUGGGUACCUUAAAAAGGACUCUGAAGGUUCCCUCAUCUACACUGUUGUAAAUCAAGAUCCUGAAGCAGAAGAGGAAGAGACUCAUCCUAUAGAUUUGAGCACUUUGGCGAAUAAGCUCAUACCUGGACUGACGUCGCUGGGUUUUAAAGACGACAGGAGGCACAAAGUGACGUUCUUGAGCAGCGCGUACAACGCUCAGACCCUUCAGAACAACUCUGUCUAUCCUGACCUGCUUCCAGAGGAGAUGGACAUGCUGUACUCGGCUUACGGAGAUGAGACCGGGGUCCAGUGUGCUCUCAGUCUGCAGGAGUUUGUCAAGGGUUGUGGGAGUUUUACCAAAAGGCUUGUGGGUGAUUUGCUGGAUAAAAUGACGGCUGGCGAUCAUUCCAAAGCCAUCAUCCAAAUCCGACAGAAAAGAAACUUGCCGAUUGAUGACACUAAAUCUAGUUUAUGUGACAUGCCGGGAACAGAUGGAAGUGGCAUGGAAUCUGGUUCAGUGCUGGAUUUCAUGUCCAUGAAGAGCUACCCAGACAUGUCUCUAGAUAUGCUCAACACAUUAGGUAAAUGUGUGAAGAAGGAGCCGGAGCAUGAAGACGGUCAUCAGCACUUUGAUGAUGCAGCUAGACUCCUGCAGGAGUUCCAGGACGCAGCGGUGGACCGAGUCGGAUCCCGACCCUCCUCCAAUCUCUCGUCCCUGUCAAACACUUCAGAGAGGGAUCACCACCAUUUAGUGAACUGUGAAGGAGAUGAUGAAGAAAUCAAUAGAUCAGCAAACUGUAUCCAAGAGAUCCAAAUGAUCAACAACAGAUGCUUUUCCAGAGAAAUGACGAAUCUGAACUGCUUCGGGCGUCACCGCAGACGAACAGCCCCGCAGAGCAACGGCAGCAGAAAUGAGCUGUUCGCUCCACCGCUUCACUCCAGGAUCAACGGCUGGUCUCUGCCUCUGCACAGCCUCCAGCUCCUCGCCUGGCUCGUCUACAGCUUCAUGGCCAUCGUCGGCUUCGGCAUCUACGUGCCUCUUCUGCCGGCGCCGUGGCGCUUUGCAGCGUACGCC